CACCUGGUGAGGGAAAAUCGCGAAAGAAUUUUCCUGUCUUCCUUUUCCUGUGAUUAUUUAACAUCUGUCAUCUGAAAAUUAUAGGUUUUUCGCGGCCUGUGAGUGAAUUUUAAUCAGUAUGGCUGUGAGGUUGUUCUCCAAAUUGAGGGUUCUGCCUCAAGUGCAGGCGACGUAUGCGAGCUCUGCUGCAGCGCCCGCUACUUUGUCAGAUUUCGAUCUUCAGCACAAAACUCCAGUUAUCAGGAAACAAACGCUGAUCCCGAAGGCCCAGUAUGGUGGAAGACACGCAGUUACUAUGCUCCCAGGCGGUGGCAUCGGUCCAGAAUGCAUGGGCUACGUCAGAGACAUUUUCAAGUACAUCGGCGCUCCCGUAGACUUCGAAGUAGUGGAUAUCGACCCCACAGUUGACAAUGACGAUGAUGUCCAGUAUGCUAUCACUACGAUCAAGAGGAACGGUGUGGGCCUCAAGGGCAACAUUGAGACCAAGAGCGAGGCAGCGUACGUCACGUCCCGCAACGUGGCUCUCCGCAACGAACUCGAUAUGUAUGCAUAUGUGCUGAACUGCAAAUCCUUCCCUGGGGUGGCGACGAGGCAUAAGGACAUCGAUGUGGUCAUCAUCAGACAGAACACAGAAGGUGAGUACGCCAUGUUGGAGCACGAAUCAGUGCAAGGAGUCAUCGAGUCCAUGAAGGUGGUCACCGCUAGCAACUCAGAACGCGUGGCGAGGUUCGCCUUCGAAUUCGCCAGGAAGAAUGGCAGGAAGAAGGUGACCACAGUCCACAAGGCCAACAUCAUGAAGCUCUCCGACGGCCUCUUCCUGGAGACUUCCAGACGCAUGGCCAAGGAGUACCCGGAGAUCGAGCACAACGACAUGAUCAUCGACAACUGCUGCAUGCAGCUCGUGGCCAAGCCCCACCAAUUCGACGUGAUGUUAAUGACCAACCUGUACGGGUCUAUCGUGUCCAACGUUGUCUGCGGUCUUCUGGGAGGAGCUGGUCUUCUCUCCGGCAGAAAUUAUGGUGACCACUACGCUGUGUUUGAGCCUGGCACCAGGAACACCGGUACCGCAAUCGCCGGCAAAAACAUCGCCAACCCAAUCGCGAUGAUCAACGCAUCCAUCGAUAUGCUAGAGCACUUGGGACAUCACUUCCACGCCGAUAUGAUCCGUCGCGCUGUCGACAAAACCAUCAAUAUCGAUAGAAUCGUCACACCUGACGUGGGAGGCACCGCGUCGUCUACCGAAGUCGUUCAGUCUAUUAUGGGCAACAUUGGACUGGAUCAUUAGAUUGCCAGUGUGAAAAAUUCAGUUUAAUAAAAAACCUGACUC